UAUUCUGAGGCUGGGCAGCAGACGGGGCUGAGAUGUCGGAGACUGUCCGCUGCCGGCUGGUUCCGCACUUGGAGCACCUGACGGCUGAGGAGCUGGAGAAAUUCAAGCUGUACCUGGUGGACUAUCGCUAUCUUCCUCGGGGCCGCCUGGAGGAGGCCGAUCUCACAAAAGUGGCUGAUCUCCUGGUCAGUUCUCUUGGGGAGCAAAAGGCCUGGGAGGUGGCUCUGAGCAUGUGGGAGAAGAUGGGCCUGAGGGAGCUGUGCGAGCGAGCCAGAAAGGAGGAUGUUGGAUCAGUUCCUGCUCUUCCAGUUCUUCCACCCUCCUCAGAUGAAAGAAAUAAGUACCAAGAACGAAUGAGAAAGAAAUUCCAGCUCAUGAGGGACAGGAACUCUCGUCCUGGGGAGCAGGAGCUCUUUCAGCACCGAUUCACACAGCUGCUGCUUCUCGGGGAGUACCGUUACAAGGAGCAGAAACAACGUGAACUUCUAGUCCGAGGAUUGGAACAUGCUCUGGUCAUGGAGAAGCAAGGACGGCUUAUAGAGGUGUCAGCUUUAUUCGAUCCUGAUCAAAACACUGGCACCCAACCACACACUGUUGUGCUGCAGGGGGCUUCUGGUAUUGGAAAGACUACCCUGGCCAUCAAAGUGAUGUUGGACUGGGCAGAGGGAAAACUCUACCAAAAUAAGUUUGACUAUGUUUUCUAUCUCAUUUGCAGAGAACUGAACCAAUUAGGAGAGAGAGAAAUGAGUUUUGCUGAUUUAAUUGCCAAUGAUUGGCCUGGCCCCCAGGCUCCCAUGGCAAAAAUCAUGUCCCAGCCAGAGAGACUUCUAUUCAUCAUUGAUGGUUUAGAUGAACUGAAAUUCCCUUGUAAUGAACACAGAUAUGAUCUGUGCAAAGACUGGAAGCAGCCGAGGCCAGUGCCCAUCCUGCUAAGCAGCUUACUAAGGAAAACCAUGCUCCCUGAAGCCUCCUUGCUGCUCACUACAAGACUCACUGCUCUGGGGAAAUUUAGUCCUUUGUUAGAGAAUCCACGUCAUGUGGAGAUCCUCGGCUUCUCUUUGAAGCAUAGGAAGGAAUAUUUCUGCAAAUUUUUCAGAAAUGAGGAUUUAGGUGAAAAAGCCUUUAGUUUAUUAAAGGGCAAUGACACACUGCUCACCAUGUGUUCUGUUCCCCUGAUGAACUGGAUCGUUUGCACUUGCCUGAAACAACAAAGGGAGAGAGGACAAGAUCCCAUCCGGGCUUUGAAAAGUACCACUGCUUUGUAUAUGUGUUAUCUUUCCAAUUUAAUCACACCUGAUGACAAAGACUUUAUACUUCAGCAUUUGAGGGGCCUUUGUGAAUUGGCUGCUGAGGGGAUCUGGGGAAAAAAACUCCUGUUUGAGGGGGAGGACCUCAGGAGGCAUAACGUGGAGGCAGCUGAUGUCUCUGCCUUCUUAGACAUGAACAUUUUCCAGAAAGACAGUGGCUGUGAAAACUGCUACAGCUUCAUUCACUUGAGUUUCCAAGAGUUUUUUGCUGCCAUGUUCUAUUUGAUGAGCAGAGACGAAGUAGGGGUGAAGAGCCCUGACUCUUCCAUUCCAAAUGUCAAAAAACUUUUGGAGGAGUGCAGCCAGCAUGACGAUGGCUUUGUGGUCCUGGUGGUGCACUUCCUGUUUGGCUUCCUAAAUGCAGAGACAGCAAAGGAGCUGGAGAAUAACUUCAGAUGUAGAAUAUCACCAGAAGUCAAGUUACAAUUACUGCAGUGGGUUGAGGGAGAAACCAAAAGAGAUUUUGAAUAUACCUGGUUUUUUAGUUCUGAGGUACCAAAGGUGUGUUCUUAUUUAUACGAGACUCAAGAUGCUGAGUUUGUAAAACAGGCACUAGCCAACAUCCAAGACAUUCGAGUAGGUAUUGAGCACUGCUACGAUGCUGUGCGUGCAGCUUUCUGCAUUAAGCAAUGUCCUAGGCCACAGAGACUUUCGAUUUUAUUUUUGUGUACAUUACCUGCUGGUGUUUGGCAAGAUCUCUCCUCUGUGGUCCACAAGAAUCAGAACCUGAAAGAGCUUGAGUUGUCCUGCAUUAGAUUUGCUGAUUCGUGUAUGGAAGACUUUUUUGAGGGACUAAGAAAUCCAAACUGUAAACUGGAAAAACUGAGCUUGUCAUCUUGUAAUCUUCCCCCUGCGUGUUGGCACAAUCUCUUCUCUGCUCUCAGUAGCAACAAGAGCCUGAAAGACCUAGAUCUAAGACUAAAUUCCUUUGAGGAGGGGGCAAUGAAAUGUCUGGGGAAGGCCUUGGAAAAUCAAAACUGCAAGUUAGAGAAACUGAGCUUGGAAUGUUGUCAUCUUACCCAUACAUGUUUGCAGAAACUCUGCUCUGCUCUCAAUAGCAAUGAAACCCUGAAAGACCUAGAUCUGAGUCAAAAUUCCUUUGAGGAGGGGGCAAUGAAACUUCUGUGUAAGGCCUUGGAAAAUCAAAACUGCAAGUUAGAAAAACUGAGGUUGGCAUGUUGUUGUCUUACCCAAACCUGUUUGCAGAAUCUUUUCUCUGCUCUCAAUAGAAGUGAGAGCCUGAAAGAUCUAGAUUUGAGUGAAAAUUCCUUUCAGGAGGGAACAAUGAAAUUUCUGUGUAAGGCCUUGGAAAAUCAAAACUGCAAGUUAGAGAAACUGAGCUUCGCACGUUGUUAUCUUACCCAAACCUGUUUGCAGAAUCUCUUAUCUGCUCUCAGUAGCAGUGAGAGCCUUAAGGACCUAGAUCUGAGUGAAAUUUCCUUUGAGGAGGGGGCAGUGAAACUUCUGUGUAAGGCCUUGGAAAAUCAAAACUGCAAGUUAGAGAAACUGAGGUUACACUACUGUGAAUUCAUGCGUGAUUCUUUUCUGGACCUCCUCAAUGUUAUCUGUAGCAGUGAGAACCUGAAAAACUCAGACCUGAGAUAUAAUUACUCUGGUGAUGAAGGAAUGAAGGUGCUGCCUGUGGUCUUAGAAAAGCAGAACCAUAAACUACAAACAUUAAUCCUCCCACAACACGGCUUCUUAUUAGACUCAAAGAGGUCAUCGUUCAUACUAAUAUCAAUAUAAUCUUUUCUCAUAACUGAAGGAGAAUAUUGUAACCUUAUGACAGCAUUUUUUGACUGGGAUGCUGAAGACACCGUGUAGCCCCAGUUCUACCCACUUGCUGGGCGACUUUGAACAAGUCACUUUUGCUUUACAAGCUUCAGUUUUCUUAUUCAUAAUAUGACAUUACUGAACUGGGUGAUGUCUACGGACCUACUGCCCAUCCCAUGGGCAGCCUUGAAUUGGAAACCUCCUGCACUGCAGAGCCCUCCCUACUGCCACUGACAUCUAGAAAGUCUCUCCUGCUCAACUUUCCUUGCUUGGAGAAU